AUGUCCCAGCCACACCCCUACGCGAUCCCGCCUCGUGAUGUCUACAGAGACUUUCCCUCCUCUCUCCCAUCUGCCGCCGCUUCCUCUUCGCGGUCCCCUACUCCAUCGGUCUACAUAUCUCCCCCGGGACAAUCCUUCCGAAGCUACCUCGAACGAUGGGGUCCCAACGAAGUUGCCGCGUGGCUCGAGCACUACAAAGUCGGCCAGUACGCCAACGAAUUCCAGAAGAACAGUUUGGUGGGAAAGACAUUGCUGGAUAUUGAUGUUGGGAUCAUGAAGGAGAUAGGGAUGAACAGGCUGGGAGAUAGGGUCAAGCUGGCGGCGGCGCUGAAGGAGCUGAGGAAGAGGGCGGCAGAGAUGGGAACGGCGAGCCGGAUGGGAAGCCCGAAUGUACACCUCUCCCCGAUGUUGUCGAGGGUGGAACUCGAGAAGCCUCCCUUGCCCUCGUCGUCCACCCGUACCCAGGCGAGUCGCGCGGGGGCAAACCCGACGAGGCGGCUAGAUAUGUCGAGACCACCGCCUCUAGACCUGAAAGGUUACUCGCCUUCCCGUGCUUUACCACAGGCGUAUCAGACGAACUACGCUUCGACCCCUCCUCAUCGUUCCAACUCUGUCCACUCACCACAAGCUUCCCAACCCUCGCAUUCUGUCCCUGCCCCGAAUAGAGCGCCUAUGAACCUCCGCGCUCCUCCACGUCGAGAAGGCGGACGCCGGUCACCCAGCCCGAUCAAUCCACCCGACUCUAGUCAUUCUAGCCAUGACCGCCUCGAACACUCUUCAGCCGCCGAGUAUGCCAGUAUGGUCGCUCGAGAGCAAAGGCACGAUAGCCUGUCUACGCCCACGGUCCGUGCGUUCCAGGAGAGAUCGCAAGGAAAGCCUCCCCCUAGAGGCGAUUCGUUGUCUAGGUCGGGUAGCGGCCAGAGCGGGCCGAGUAGUCCUCAGAAGAAGCAGUUCUUGCCGGCGAAUCCGAGGCCUAUCAAUCAGCAGAAUGGGAAACAUCCUUACGCUGUGAAGAAGGAGCAAGACGGGGAAGCUUCAAGGACCCCCGUUCGACCUUCCGUCUCCCGCCAGCCGAAGUCUACGGGUACGCCGAAUGCCAUCUCUUUGAACGACCUCCGUCGUCAGCUGGUCAAGUUUGUGAAUGUCGAAGAUGGCACUACCAGGACGGUCAAUGUCGUCCAAGUAGCCAGCGGUGUCGAGAUUCUGGAGAGGGCGCUGAAGAAGUUUGGGAAGUGGGGGACAGGGAAGGCGACGUACAAGGGGAUAGACCAUGAGAGUGAUGAUGAGCAUGAGGGGCAUCUGGAGAUUGAUGGCUGGGGAGUUUAUGUGGAGAGCAACCCGGAUGAACGAGCAAAACCUCUAUCCGAAAACAACCUCCUCAACAUCUGUGUAGCACACCGAGACGGAACUGCCAUCCGCGACAAAGAGCUCUUCCUUCACCAAGCCCGCCCCCCACAACGGCGCAAGAACAUCCACGACUUCUUCGGCGACGUGCCUCCUCCUCCCAUGUCCCCUGCAUCCCCCAACUUCUUCCCUGGCCCUCGACUGGGCAUAACGACCGACAAGCGCUCCCCAAUGUCUCUUGAUGAGCCGGGCAGCGCGGGGAGUGGUCCUCUGUCGGCGCUCAAGCCGUCAGCUCUGUCGAAUAAGCGCCUGAACAGGGCGAGUAUGAUUAGUGUCAUGUCUGGCCUUGGAGUACCGAAUGUCGAGGUGCCACCUUCGCCUUCCAACACUCGUUCACCGGCUUCAGGCACGCCGUCGUACAAGAAGAAGUCGAUGUACAACUUUUUCGGACAUCGACCGCCUUCCGAGCUCAUUUCGAGCCACUUGACAGACUAUUUCCCCGGUGCGAAAAAGAGGGAUGUGGAAAAGGCGAGGCAUAGUUUGCUGCGGCUCAGUUCUGGGCCGAAGGCGAGGUGGCAAGACCAAGCAGAGAUGCCUGCGGUGGUACCCGGGAAGGGAGAAGAGAUCAUCUCUGAGGAAGUGGUGUCGAGUGGGAAUAGGAGAGGGCCGCGGAUCAGUCAACCGCCUUCGCUACCCCCGUUUGAACCCCAAGACUCUCUUACCGACUCUCUCCAAGCCUUCUCUCCUCAAGAGCCGUCUUAUCCCCGCCCCAAAUCGAUCCGCAUGCGCAAAAACUCUUCCUCUUCAUCCUCUGGUCUUGGCAAUGCGGCUAGGAGGAUGUCGGUGCUGUCGCAGCUGAGGAGGAAUAGAGACAAGAGCGAUACGGCCAGUCUGCUGACGGUGGAUGAGAUUACCGCGGAGGUGGAGCAGAGGAGGGCGAGUAUGGUCGGUGUUCCAGGUAUACAGGUUGGGGAACAUGAGGGCGAGGUUGGGGAAGAAGCGGAGGAGGUUCUCGAGGAGCUAGUGACGCCGAGGGCCCCGGCGGACGUGAAGAGUGAUGGGGAAGUAAGCGAAGACAGUGAGAGUGAGGAGGAGAGUAGUGAGAGUGAGAGCGAAAGCGAGAGUGAUAGUGAGAGUGAGGUGGAAGAUGAAGACGAAGCGGAUCACGGAAAGGCGUUCACAUCCACAGGCUCUAAACGAAACAUCAAAUGGAUCAAAGGCGCCCUCAUCGGUGCCGGAUCCUUCGGUAGCGUCUAUCUCGGUAUGGACGCUCAUAAUGGUCUUCUCAUGGCCGUCAAGCAGGUCGAACUGUCUACUGGGAGUCAGAAGAAUGAUGAGCGGAAGAGAAGCAUGCUGUCGGCAUUGGAGAGGGAAAUAGGGCUGUUGAAAGAGCUGCAGCACGAGAAUAUCGUGCAGUAUCUAGACUCGUCUGCCGAUGCCAACCACCUCAACAUUUUCCUCGAGUAUGUUCCCGGUGGUUCGGUCGCCGCUCUCCUUAGCAAUUACGGCGCGUUCGAAGAGGCUCUCGUCCGAAACUUUGUGAGGCAGAUUUUGACCGGUCUGAACUAUUUGCACGAGAGAGAUAUUGUGCAUAGGGACAUCAAGGGGGCGAAUAUAUUGGUAGACAACAAAGGCGGUAUCAAAAUCUCAGACUUUGGUAUCAGUAAGAAGGCCGAAAACAGUGAGUCCGUUUCCUAUCGCAUACGGACCAAUCGACCAUCCCUUCAAGGAUCUGUCUUUUGGAUGGCUCCCGAGGUCGUCAAGCAAACGUCGUACACCUCAAAAGCGGACAUUUGGAGCGUGGGAUGCUUGGUGGUGGAAAUGUUGACUGGGACACAUCCUUGGGCGGAUUUGACGCAGAUGCAGGCUCUUUUCCGGAUCGGACAAAUGUCCAAACCCGCCACGCCAGCCGACGUCUCUCCCGAAGUCGCCGAUUUCCUCGACAAGACGUUCGACUUUGAUCACACCAAACGACCUACUGCUCCGCAGUUGUUGGAGUGUUCGUUCAUGAAGACGCCUGUCGAUAGUGGAGCAGGUGGGGCGGCAGAAACGGGAUCAGAGGGCGGUAUAGAGAGGGCGCAGGCUCAGAUGAUGGUUGUGGGGACGCAGAUGCAGCAGCAGGCGAAAAUGAGGGGGAUGAUCUGA